UGUGUGUGUACACAAUGGGAACAUCGUCACCCCUGACAAAAUUCCUUUCCUUCCCACAAUCUGACCAGAAAGGAAAGUGUUCUUCAUAUCUACCAAGGUUGUUCUUCUUAAGCCUUCUGAAGAAGAAGUAAACAUUCUACUUGCUUUCUCACGUGGACAUUUGAAAUAUUGCUCUUUACUCAGUUUUAGCCAUGACUGAAGAAGCUGAGUAUCGGAAGCUAUGGAGAGUGAAAAAAACCAUUCUUCAGUUGUGCCACGACCGAGGAUACUUAGUAACUCAAGAAGAGUUAGAUGAAACACUUGAUAACUUUAAGAAAUUGUACCCUGAAUCAAGUUCAGACAAGCCCUUGCGGUCCAAACUGACAAUGUUGUUUACACACUCAAACGAUGAUGAAAAAAUGUAUGUAUAUUUUCCUGUUGAGAAGACUAUAAGAAAAGCUGAUAUUGUUACAUAUUGCCAAGAGAUGCAGAAAGAAAAUGUAUCUCGAGCAAUCUUUGUUGUUCAAGAUGCUUUGACGACUGUUGCGAAAAGAGCUGUUGCAGACUUUGCUCCGACCUUUCAACUAGAAGCUUUCUGGGAAUCAGAGUUACUUAUUAAUAUAAUGGAUCAUGAACUUGUUCCUCAACACAUUGUGUUAUCCAAUCAAGAGAAAGAAGAUCUAUUUGCUAAAUAUAACUUGACAGAAAAUUUACUGAUGCGCAUUCAGUCUACUGAUCCAGUUGUUAGGUACUAUGGACUGAAGAGAGGACAAGUUAUUAAAAUAAUUCGUGACUCUGAAACUGCAGGACGCUAUGUUCUAUAUAGACUAGUAUCCUGAAUUCAUGUGUUAAGCUUUUUUCAUUCAUUUAUUUUGUAACAUUUUUGUUACAAUGCCAACUGUGUUAAUCAACUUCAUUCAAAAAAAUGUCCUGUGCUUCGACCCCAAUCAACUGAAGAUUAAUGAAAUGUUUACACACUUGAGUACGAUGUUUUGUAUGUAUGAAAUUAAUAAUUAAUCAACAUCAAAUUAAUUAAACUUGCGGACACAUCCAAGCAAUACCAA